AUGUGUAAUAGUGAGGAUGAAAGGAAAAGACUAUGGAUGCACUUGAUUUCUCUCAAAAGUAUUCUAGAAAGCUUUCCAUGGAUGUUGGCUGGAGAUGUUAAUGUUGUGGCUCACUCUUCGGAGAGGAAAUUGGAUAGAGGACUAAUCAAUGAUAUAUGGCUCACGCAAAUACCAAAUUCAGAAGUUGAAUUCCUCCUCCCUGAAGUAUCUGACCAUUGCCCAGCUCUUAUAAAGUUGACUACAUUGAGACAAUCACCACAAAAACCAGUUAUGUUCUUCCAUUUUUGGGUAAAGCACCCUGAGUUCUUAAAGCUAGUGGAGGAAUCUUGGACUGUACCAGUGAGUGGUAAACUUAUGGUUGUAUUGCAAAAGAAAUUAAAGAGGCCGAAGCCAAUGCUAAGGAAUUUCAACUUCACUCAAUACGGAGAUCUAACAAAGAAGGUAAGAAUGAAAAAAGAAGAGUUAGCAGCAGCACAACUUGCAACUUUAAUGCAAUCACCUAAGGCUGAUGCAGAGAAUGAGAGGAAACUGUCCUUGGAACUCUUUGAACUGUUGAAAGCAGAGGAAAGCUUAGGGAGACAGAAGUCAAAAAUUAGAUGGGUUGGAUACUUCUCACAGAUAUCAGAUGAGGCUGUGGGAUUUUUUAAGCAGUUGAUGGGCACAACUGAUGCUAAUGUUGAAGGCUGCAAGAAAGAAUUGUGGACUGACUUACUCCAGGUAUCCUUGACGGACAAGCAACGGACAGCAAUAUCACAAAAUGUUACAAGGGAAGAAAUUAAGGAAGCUAUUUUUACUUAA